AUGUCUUCCUCAAUUCCAAACGAAUGUUUAUCCAUGAUUCUCGAGUUAUUCGAUCCAAAAGAUUUACGAUCCUGCAUAUUGGUGGAUCGUCUUUGGUUCGAAAUAUCAGUGCGUUUUCUUUGGAUCAAAAUUUAUAAUCACAGAACCUUCCUCGCCUGCCUUCCAAUUGAAUCGAAACGAAUGUUAAGAGAGAAUGGAAUCACCUUUCGACCCCCAACUUCAAACCCUCUAUUAUUUAAUUACGUUAAAUUCAUCAAAGAAAUCAAUGAAAAGACAAUUCUUCUGGGAUAUCCCAAAAUACUUCAACAACAAUUUUCCGCAAACCAAAAAAUGUUAAUAGCACAAGAAUCCUUUAAAUUGAUAAUGAAGCAUGCUUCGUUGAAGACUUUAUCUGUUCAAAAUGGUGUUCCUUUCUUGGAACCCAAUGUACCAUACAUUACCUUUCCUGGAGCAGACGUUUGCCUUCAGAAACUUUGUGAAUUUUUUGGUGAUUCAUCUAUAAAAUCGGAAUAUUGUUCCCGACUGGCCGAUUUUUGUAAAGGCAUACAAAAGUUCAACUUGCAACUUGACGAGGAUGUUAAUGAAGGAUUGGAUAAAUUGAUUUCCGUUCAACGAAAUCUUAAGGAUUUAGAAAUCCUUUUUAAUAAAAGAUGUACGAAUUUCGGUCCCCCUUUAAUGAAUCUUGCAAAUUCACUAAUUAAAUUGAACAUUAAUGGGUGCUUGUAUUGUCCAAAUUUCUCAUUCAUAAACAGUUUCACCAAAUUGCGAGAACUCACCAUAUCACUUAGCAUGGAUCAUGAGAAUUUAAAACCGUUGCAAGAUGUGACACUUCCACAAUUAAAAAUUUUAUCAUUUCAAUACGCGAGAUUACCUCGUGAUUAUUUAUCAAAGUUCCUAGAAAAUAAUGGAAGGAAUUUAGAUGAACUUUCCUGUGAUUAUUCGUUGAAUUUGGACGUAGCCAAGUUCUGCCCCAACUUAAAAAUUUUAAAAUCAAUAUUCUCAAAAGAAGAUGAUUUGAAGGCAAUUCUUAAUAAUUGUCAGGAAUUAAAAACUCUUGAAGUGCACUGUUGCGAACUGUUCCUUGAUGAAAGCAAAAUUUUGGUAAAUCUUGCAAAGUUUACCCCAAGGAACUUAUCAGAGUUAAUCAUCACUAAAUCCUCAGAUGAUAAUAAUAAUGAAAAACUUUUUUCUAAUUUAUUGGAGGAUUUAAGUUGGGGGGAGGAACAACAUACGCCCAUCUCAAUAAUUAUCAGAGGAGACAAAUUAAAUAUCAAAGAACAAAAUAAGCAAAUUAUAGAAAAUUAUAUAUCGCUGGGACAUAUAAAAAGUUAUAAACUCGCUAUUACCUAG